AUGCUCAGCGAAUGCCCCGAGUGCCUGUCGUUCCUACGCAAGGUGGUCAGGCAACUGGCGCGCACGUCGGACACUCAGCGCCUGUGCAUGCACGACGAGUUCCAGCGAUGGAUUGACCAGUACGACGGCAACUGCUCGGACAGCGCCAACAAACUGUUCGGCGACUUCAGCAACCACCACUACUCGGCGUUGACAGUAAGGUCAGUCGCUACAACUGGUACUGAUCAUGAGCUGGAUGAUCGGGCAGGGGUGGAGGGGGACUGGUUGCGUAAGGAAGAAUUUUCUUUUUUACGGAGUGGACGAGAGUUCAUUUUUUCCCGCUCCUGUCCUUGCGGUCAUAUCCAUACGUUGGACUGA